AUGAAUGGCACCAGCACCGUGUCGCCGUCGCCGCAAUCGCCGCCUGUGGCUUCAGGUUCCACUCCCUAUCCCUCCACCAACCCAAGGGCCAGCACUGUUAAGGUCGCUCUAUCCUUCGUACACCGAGUCAGUCACCCACGCAAGCCGCUCCCUUCCGGUGCAACAUCGGCAGCAGCCGGUGCUGCCACCGGCGAAAUCGGCGACGACGGCGGCUUGUCGCUCGAUGGCGGUCCAUCCAACAAGCUGCCGCCGCAGCCCAUCGUGACGGAGACGGAAGUCAUUGAGCCAGCCGCACCGGGGUCCACUCUGGGCUCGUCCAUACAAGAUGACGGGUUGGAUGCCGCCGUCGCGCCACCUCCCCUGGAGCAUAGCACGGUGCAGGAUUACGUGGCAACGGCGGAGAAGUGGCUGGCGAUGGAUCAGACUCUGAAUCAUUACGAGGAGUUAACGGCACGAGGGCUGCUCAUGAUCCGUAAUGUGGUUCGCAGUGAGCCCCGUUAUGCCGCCCAAGAGUCGGGGAACUGGUUGCCGCUUGUACGGGAGGGCCUCGGAAGCAAGUACGGACUGGUCCGUGCCUCCGCCGCCAGCGCUCUGGCCGCCUUUGCUGCCGGCACUCCAGGUCGUGAGGCCAUUCACAAGGACUCGCAGGUGCUGCCCCGCCUCAUGCAGAUGCUCACAAAUGGCCUGGUCAGUGGCGGCGGUGACAACUACGACACGCAGUACGCGUGCCUAGCCCUCGCCAACAUGGCUCUCAAUGCCUUGUACAGACAGCCCCUCGUUCGAUACGGCGUGCUGCCCAGGGCCGCAGACGUCCUGCGAGCGGCCAUACGCUACCUUAACACACAAUACCAGCAGCAGCAACAACAUCAACCGCAACUACAACACGGAACUGGUGCCGGCGGGGUAGCUAUGGGAGGAGCGGGCGGUAUUGCAGGGGGAGGAGGUGGCGGGUGUGUGGGGGGCCCAGGGCCCCGCCGGGGGCCCUUUCGAAAUGGGAUAGGGAGUGGCAAUGGGAGCAGCGGGGAUGAUUGCGCUCGCGGCAACACCUCGGUGGUCAGGUCGGGGACCUACGUGGCGACGUUGUUGACCAGCUGGGCGGUGGAGCCGCAGGGCCGAGAGCAGCUGCAGCAGUACGAUGUGCCGCGUCUGGCUUCGGAGCUCUACGAGCGUUGCGUGGCCGUACUUGGCGAGGACCAUCCGCUGUCUCGGCGGCUGACGCUGCUGGCGGAUGCGUGUUCCGCUGCAGAGCUGCUUCAGGAGAUUGCGGGAGGCAGCGGGGGGCCCAGCGGCGGGGGCGGCACGGAGACGGGGAUGAUCAUGAUGAACUGGGAGGCUACCGGGCAACAGCAGCACCCACCGGAGGACCGUACCGAGCAUGCCGGCGAGGCUGGACUCGCUGCCACAACCACAGCCACAGGCAGUCACAGCACCCAAGUCAACAGCAGUGGCGGCAGCGGCGGCCCGGCGUCAUCCCAAGCAACUCCCAACGGUAACGCCCAUCGCGAGGUGUCGUUUUUAGAUUCCAGCAGCCGCCAGGGUACGGCAAGCGGUGCUGGCGUUGGUACAGCACGCGGCUCGGUGCAGCGGUUUGUGAGUCCAGAUCCGUUGCUGUCGCCGUCGGGGAGCUCUGCGGGCGACGGAGUCCUUCGGACCAUCUCCAAAAAGCAACUGGCCAUUGCUGCCGCUGCAGCAGCAGCCGCAGCUUCAACCGCAACCGCCACCACUACCACCAUCACCGCCACCACCACCACCACUACGUCUACUUCAACCUCCAGCACCGUCGCCGCCCUGCUGUCUCCCCGCGACGUCCCCACCGGCUCCGGAACCACACCACGCUUAAGCAAGCUUCUCAGCGCUCGACCCUCCCAUUCGGGCCUUACGUCCUUCCCUUCCGCCGCGUUGUCCCAGCCGCCGCAGCAGCAUCAGCUGUACGGCGGAACUGCCGGUGGACACACCGCAUCGCCGUUUGCGCAGCGGCAGCACGCCUUUUCUGAAUUUGGGUUCCAUGGGCUCAGCAGUAGUAGCGGUUGUGGCGCCCUGACGCCGCCACCGGCAACUCCGUCACAGCAGCAGCAGCAGCAGCAGUCUUCAUCUGUGUCGACAGCCGGUAGCAUGAUGGGCGUGCACUUUUCCGCAUCCAUAUUGCAGGAGGCUGCUGCCGCAGCCGCCGCAGCUGCUCGGGGUCCGCCGGGUGGUGAGGACGACCUUCAGCGCCGCAGUGGCUCUUCCUUGCCCCCGCAGCUGAGCUCACAGCCGUCCUCGGCCAGGGCUCUGAGGUUGCCGUCAGUGGCGAUUGGCCGCCUGUCCUCCUCUGCUGAGGGCCCGUUGGGAUCGGCCCGCAGCAGUACCGCCACUGGGCCCCCGCUGUCCGCCCGCGGCUCGGAGCAGCACCCCUACCCGCACCCCUCCGUCAACCCUCACCCGCAGCCGGGGCAACGACUGGAGCUGCCCUUCCACCUGGUGCGACCCAUCCCCACCAUCUCUGCAACCAGCGGCAAAGUUUCGCGAAUCUCCGCCGCAUACGGCCAGGUCUCCAACACCCGACAGGGCAGCAUCAACGGCACUGCACAGCACACCGUACACACCUACACACGGGGCUACACCGGGGAGCUGUAG